AUGCCGAUUCUUUACGAAAGUUUACAUGUUAGCCAAAACGCUACACAAGAAGAAAUAGAAAAGAGCUAUAGAAUACUAACAUACAUAUAUUUAAAUAGUAAUGAUAAGGAAAAGCUGCUGGACCUCAACACAGCAUAUAAUGUUCUUAGAGAUCCAUAUAAUAGGGCCUUUUAUGAUAAAUUUGGAGACAGAUUUGUGAAAAAUCUUCUCAACCCAAACGAAUCAUAUUUUAUUACCCGGUUCUUCACAAAACUCAACGUGACUUUGCUUUUCACAUUCAUUUACUCGCACAUCAUCAACUACUUCUUUCUCGGAAGCAUCUUUAUGAUCUUCACUUAUUCAAAUAUUUUCAGGUUUUCCUUGUUUAUAUUCUCACCAAUAUUACUCAUUCUGAUACAUAUACGAUCUUCACAACAUUUUAACUCGGACAAUCCUUAUUUCUCUCGUUUUAACAUAGCUACAUGGAUAUGUGUGCUUAACGCACUCUCAAUAUUAACUAUUUCCGGAAAUCUCCAUUUCUCAUAUCUUCUACUUACUGAAACCAUUUUAAAUACAUACAUCUGGAUAAGAACAGCAUAUAAAAAUAACCUAAAAGUAAAAAUGGCCCUGUUUCUGACUGUCAAAUCAUUUUUACUAAUGCUUUAUUACACACCCCUUGAUUGCUUUUAUAGCUUUAUUCCUUCAGCCAUCUUUCUUAGUUUUGUUUUUGUUCAUAAAGGAGUAGGUGUUUUUCUAGGACUGUCUUCUCUUCCAAUGUGCCUUUCUAUUUAUCUCAAAGGGGAUGGCUUGGCAUCAAAGAUUUCAAUAUUUCUUCAUGUUGUCCAUUCUGCGAUUGGUCUUCUGCUCAUCCACUACGUAACAAGGUUCCUCAUAGAUUUGUUUGUAAACCAAGAGACAAUAAUCGUAAAGGCUUUGCUUAAAAGCCAAAGUGAUGGUUCUGUAUAA